UCUGCCCUAACUGCCUACCUAUCAAACACAAGGAUCACAAUAUAGAAGAUUACAUUGACGUAGGAGAAACAGCACGUAAAGCAUUAAAGGAAAGUGUUGCUAGUUGUGAUGGAGUCAUUCCUCCAGUCACUGAAGCUAUUGCUAAUGGAGAGAAGAUGCUAGAGCAGAUAGCAACACGUAAAGAAGAAGUAAGGCAGGAAAUCAAGGAAACAUUUGAAGAGCUUAAAGCUGCUUUAGAUAAGAGAUGCAAUGAUCUACUAAUGGAGACAGAAGAGAUUGCUAGCGCUAAGAGGAAAUCUGUCGAGAAGCAGCUGGAUGGGUUUCGUAAACUGGUAGAACAGGUUUCUCAUGGUCGUCAUCUUGCAUCAUCAGUGAGUGAGCGUACUGAUCCAGGUGAAGUACUCAGUGUUAAGAAGCUAAUCAUGAAUCAACUAGAGGAAUGCAUUGAAGAGUAUAAGAAACUACCUCUAGAAAUAGAAGAAAAAGGAGCCAUUUUAACACGCCUAGAUACACCUUCUUUAAGUAAAGAGAUCAAUGAGUUUGGAAGUGUUUUUGAGUUUGAGCAGCUUAACCCAUCACUUUAUUCCAUUGAUAGUGGGUUAGCUAUUCCACUGGCAACAGUAAAGAAAGAAAGGAAAUUCAGAGUGUCUCUACCAGCAGGUAUUGAUAAAGCAGCAAGCUAUUUGAAGGGUUCCUUUAUCAAAAGUGAUGGCAGUAAAGAGGAGGGUAGAGUUGUUAUAGUUAAUGAUAACAACACAGCCAUUGUAUCAUGCACACCUCAAAGUAUUGGUAGAUAUGAACUAUCAGUGACUAUAAGAGGUCACCAUAUUAAAGGUAGUCCACUGUCAGUAAAAGCAUCAAGAGACUAUACCACACUAGCUAACCAGAGAUCAUUUGAUGUGGGGAAUAAUACCUAUGGUGUUGCUGUUCAUACUAAUGGUGAAGUAUUUGCUAGUAGUAGUGAUGGGUUUAUUCAGGUAUUUAGUGAGGAUGGUACUGCAGUAAGAAGGAUUGGAUCUAAAGGUAAUGGUAAUGGACAGUUUGGCAGGCCUUGGGGUUUAUUGCUGGUAGGAGACAGGCUCUAUGUGUCUGAUGAUACUCUUCAUCGUGUGCAGUAUUUCUCAGCUACUACUGCUGGUAACUUUAGUAGUCCUGAUGGUAUUGCUAUUGAUGAUGAAGGAUAUAUCUUUGUAUCAAGUAAUAAUGGCUAUCUCCAUGUCUUGAGUCCUGAUAGGAAACAAGUCAAAUUAAUCUCAGGAUUAUCUUGUCCAUGGGGUGUAGCACUGGAUAAGGAUGGAUAUAUUUAUGUUGCUGAUUAUUAUAACAAACGUAUAAUGAAAUAUUAA